GCAGUUCUUAGGUUGUAGACACGGCGCAGUUUGGCAGUCAGGAGCAUGUAUUUGCAUGCUCUCGUAACCCGAUUGGCCACCUCGGCCAUAAAACAGCCAUAAAUCAAAUCACUGAUAAAAUUAUUCGCAGUCUUUUCAUACAAAUUCUCUCUAUUUCUAGCAGUCGUCCAAACUCAAAUGGGAAGCCUGUGGGGAAUUACCAAACUUUGUUAAACCACCUCAGCCAAGGCCAGCCGGGCGGAUGCUUCCUACCGAGCGAUCCCGGAAGGAUACCCUCCAUAUGCUCCCCGCAAGAAAUUAAACGAUCUGUCAUGGCACCAUCAACAUCAGAUUUACCGGAAUUAGCGCGGAUUCUGAUGCUGUCAUUUGUGGAAUUUCUCAGUCAACUUCACAUAUUGGCGCCGGAAAAUUUGCAUAGCUGAGCCGACUAGCGACUUUCAGUGUUGGCAACAUGGGCUUCUGCCAGAGCUUUAUAAUCUGGGAGCGCUGUCAUGGAAUCUCUACAAUGAAGUGGUCUGCGGCUGUGCCUGACACGAGCAGACACGCUGUUCCAUCCGUCCUUCCUCACCUGGAGCGAAAAUGCGUUUGAACCGGGCUCUUUACCUCGUCGCUGCGGCAUCCACUGCCGUCCAGGCUGCUCUCACCUGGAAGAACGUCAAAUUCGGCGGCGGAGGCGGCUUCACACCUGGCAUCGUCUUUCACCCGACGGCAAAGGGCGUUGCGUACGCACGAACCGACAUCGGGGGUCUUUACAGACUCAACCCCGAUGAUUCUUGGACGCCAGUGACGGACACCCUCGCAACCCAUGCUGGAUGGAACCGCUGGGGUGUCGAUGCAGUGGCCGUGGAUGCCAAAGACCCCAAAAAGGUAUAUGCAGCCGUUGGACUCUAUACCAACAGUUGGGAUUCGAGCAACGGUGCAAUCAUCCGUAGUUCCGAUAAGGGUGCAACAUGGUCGAUCAGCACCUUGCCCUUCAAAGUCGGCGGCAACAUGCCCGGUCGCGGAAUGGGUGAGAGACUAGCUGUCGACCCGAACAACCCCAAAGUCCUGUUUUUCGGAGCUCGGAGUGGCAACGGACUUUGGAAGAGCGCCGACGGCGGAGUGACCUUUACCAAGGUCACCUCAUUCACGGCGGUUGGUACUUAUGUGGCUGACCCCAGUGAUGCAAGCGGAUACAACAGUGACAUCCAAGGUCUGGCUUGGGUGACUUUUGACAGCACGUCUCCCAAACUGUCGAAUGGCGCAACAUCGAGAAUUUUUGUUGGCACAGCCGACAAAACCACUUCUGUCUACGUGUCUAACGACGGCGGAGGCACCUGGAGUGCAGUGUCCGGCCAGCCAACAGGAUUCUUGCCGCACAAGUGUAAGCUUCAGCCCACCGAGAAGGCACUUUACAUCUCGUACAGUGACGGAAGCGGUCCGUUUGACGGAACCACUGGAGGAGUUUACCGCUACGACCUCAAAACCUCUACAUGGAAGAACAUUACACCUGUCUCGGGUGCAGACUUGACUUAUGGCUUUGGUGGAAUCGGCGUGGAUAUGAAGAACCCAGGAACCAUUGUGGUGGCAUCACUGAACUCUUGGUGGCCGGAUGCACAGAUUUUCCGGUCAAGAGACUCGGGGGCUACAUGGUCGAGACUUUGGGAGUGGACGAGCUAUCCCGACAUGAACCAGUACUACUCGAUCAACACAGACAAGGCGCCCUGGAUAGAGUCUGGCCAUCUUUCGAGGGAUUCGAAGCGCCUUGGUUGGAUGAUCGAGGCCCUUGAAAUCGACCCUGUCGAUCCUGACCAUUGGCUUUACGGAACUGGCCUCUCGAUCUUUGGGGGACAUGACUUGACCAAAUGGGACACGGUUCAUAACAUAUCGAUUCACUCUUUGGCCGAUGGUGUCGAAGAAACUGCAGUUCUGGAGAUGGCUUCAGCGCCCGGUGGCUCCGAGCUACUGGCCGCAAUUGGAGACAUUACUGGAUUCACAUACAAGACUGCGGCGGACCUCAAGACGUCCCCGAAGAAGCAGUGGCUGGACCCGAGCUGGGUGACAACAUCAGGAGUCGACUACGCCGGGAACAAGCCUUCUGUUGUUGCGCGCGUUGGACAGACUGAAGGGUCGCCCAUGCUCGCAUUGUCAUCCGAUGGUGGCGACAACUGGAGUGCUCAUCCAGGCGCUGACAACACAACUCAAGGCGGAGUGAUUGCUCUCUCUGCUGAUGCCGCGACCAUCCUAUGGGCAUCUGCGAAUCGCGGGGUACUUCGUUCUCAGGACCAGGGGUCGUUCUCUGCCGUCACGGGGCUCGGAGGCCUGACAGGAACAAUGGCUGUCUCGGCCGACAGGCGCAAGGCGGGUGUAUUCUACAUUGGAUCUUCUGGGUCUGGAGCUCUCUUGGUGUCGUCAGACGCUGGGGCUACAUUUGCACGUGCUGGAGGUUCGCUCGGUUCGGCAUCGGGAAUACGCUACAUUGCCGCACACCCUCGUAUUGAGGGCACGGUCUUUGUGUCGACCAACGCGGGCGUCUACAAGAGCUCUGACUUUGGUGCAACCUUCCAAGCCGUGCCGGGCUUGACAGAUACUCAACACAUUGGCCUUGGGAUGGGGACCGGCAACUCUUGGACGCUGUAUGCCUUUGGCAAUGGCCCGGCAGGCCAGAGGCUGUAUGCUAGCGGCAAAGAUGGCGCUGGGCCUUGGACUGAUAUCCAGGGCGAUCGCCAAGGUUUCGGUAACAUGGCAAACUGUCGCAUUGCGGGUAGUGGCAACGUUCCUGGCGCGGUGUACGUUGGAACCAACGGCCGCGGUGUCUUUAUGGCCAAAAGCUGA